UGCACUGACUGGCAGUUCGUGGGUAUAGAAAAUGGAUGGGAAGUGUGGGAAGUGUAGUUGUAAAAUACGAUAAGGUAUGUCGCUUCGGGGGAAGCAAUUUGCGUGUACGUGAGAAACUGACGUACAUGCAUAAAUUAAACUUUUGGAGAUGAGGAGUAGAAGAAAUAACUCGUAAAAGUCAGCAGGGGCCAUAAAACACGACUGAGGAGUGAGAUGUUUGCUGACCACAGCGGCUUGCCCGAAUGAUGGUCUUUGGGUGAUGAGAUUGUGACAGGGUUAACUGUCUCGGUGUAAAAUUGCACGGGGGAAAUAAUGGAUACAGGAGACACUGGACAUUCUGCGUGGUUCCAGACACGCGUGAAAGUACUGGUGCGCUCGUUACGGGCGCAACAGGGGGCGUCCUCAUCGCCGCAGUGGGGCGACCGUGUUAAAGAGGAGGACGCGUCAUCAUCAUCAUCAUCUUCAUUGCCAUCAGAGCGACGUUCCUUGCAAUUGGGACGGUCUCUGGCCAGCCGCUGGAAUCAGUACUCGCCUGGUCCCCUCCGACGUCUCAAGAAGUUCUUCAGCGUCACUUCUGAACGAGGACACGACGACUGGGAUUCUGAGAGCAAAGAUACGAGGAACGUGAAUGUUGAUGAUGGAAGGAAUUAUCUGGAAACCGUCGGUGAGUCGCCUGUAGCUACUGUUUCUGAAGAUACAUUCACGAAACCGCGGAUAAACACUAACGGGCUUAAUGAAGUACACCAAAACACUUUCCCCGAAGAACUGAUUGUUAGUGACCGUUCGGAAGAUCUCCAAAAGGAACGCAGCAGUGAUUCUCCUUACAAUCCACACCCAGAUCAGUUAUACGAUAAAGAAAAUUGUACACAUUCCAAAACCUUAAUUCCCGCUGCAGAACGUCUACACAUUCCAUUAGAACAUAAUCCUGAGGAACCAACAUCCUACAUUCCAAGUAAGUCCGCUACAGAAUGUGAUGAAGUCAUAUGUAACACGCCGAAACAGCAACACGAGUUCAAUAAAGAGUUUUACAUUUUGACUACGGCUUCUGACGACGACGAAAGCCGGGAAUGCUGGCAACAAGGCGAGAUGACGCAAUGGAGACUUACCGACAAUGACGCCUGCACUGCCAAAGGGCGGGCGACGGAUGUUCGCGACGGCACGAACGAUUCUGCUGUAGUAUCGAAGGAAUUCGCUUUGUAUCAAGGACUUUCUGGUACCGACACUUCGGGCGACAAGUUAGCGACACUCAUUAACGGAAAGUUGGGUGAAUGUGUGGUGAAGACUUUAGCAGGUGAGAAGCAAUCAGGUGCGGCUCUGCCGCUUGCUGCAAGUGUCGGUUCUACUAUGUCACUGAGUGCGAAGACGAAAUGUUCACAUGAACCACAAGACAGUGUGUGUGAUGAAGGGAUGAAGGGUAUGUCUGUGGUACGGGAAUGUUCAGUGGUUGUGGCGAAACCCGACAUGGAAACCCGUGUCGUAGGGUCUGAUGCUGAUGAACUAGACUGUUCCACAAUGUCAGUCCCUAGUAUUGUGCUGGACCAACCGCCAUCCACUGAGCACCCAACUUCCUCCGGAUUGUCGUCAUCAGAUUCACAGGGACCCCAACGACCCCCGAAACUUCAACUCCAUAUAGCAAGUACCUGUUCCCAGUCACCUGCUCGCAAAUCGCCGGUAACCGUUCAGGAAUGGGUUGACUCACUGCCGUUACAUCAUCGGGGCGAGGAAGAAGGAGGGGACGACACACCACUGGAAGAGUCAGAUGAUCACCUUGGCCUUGGCCUUGGUGCAGAAGCUGGACUUCUGUACGAUGCUCUACCAGCAGUCACUGUUGUCAGUCCAGCUGAGCCUCAUACAAACACAGCUUCAGUUAGUAAAGUCACUUCAGCAGCUCACCUGGUGCGGGAACCAUCAGUUCAGUCUGACGUGACGUCACACACAGGCAGCCAUUGUUCUAGUGUAGAGUCAUUCUUAGAGUCAAGACGUCCGGAUCCUGAGGAAAUACUGUUGGGCCUCGGAUUUGGAGGGCCAGUAGGGGGUGAUGGCAGCGUUGACACCGAAGUAUCGCGUAUUCCACGCCGCUUCCUGCAGCCAUCCAAGGUGAAGGGUGUUGCAAUAAACAACUUCCUCCGUCACCAACAGGACCUCAUCGAGACCUUUGAGUCAGGUUUUUGUGGGUAUCGGGGACUAACAGGUUCAUCCCACACUCCUCCAUCUGUGAUUGUGGCAAAAAUAAUGGAGAAGCUGCGUGAACAUGAGCGUGAGAAUAUUCCACCUCCUUCAGUGGUAUCUGCUCCAGUUAUUGGUAACAAUGGAUCUACAUCACCUUCUCUGUCUAUUGCCUCAAACAAAUUUUCACGAGCUGCCCGUCGCGUCUUGACUCGUACCUCAGUACUGGGUGCUCUACCGUUUAUUGCAAGGCAACAGCAACAGAGCGUACUGACACCAGACAACAGACGCUUUCUUGACAACCAAGGCAGCAAAUCUCCUGAAGUUCCCCGGAAACGUAUGAUCAUUGGUCAUCGAAGCUACACCUUCAGCUGUGAUGGUGACCUCAUCGAACUUGACCCUGUUGCACCCACAACUCCAACUCAGAACUUCACCCCUAAACCCAAACCACUCGUACAUAAGGAUUCUGUGUUGUCCACUGCAACUAGCCUCAGCUUCACCAGUAUCGACAGUGACAGCGAUACUGAUGAUCGCAGCAGUAUCUUUGUGGUUCAGCCCAGGCACAACAUUAUUCAUGAGCACCCAACAAAUUCUACUGUGAAGUCCAAUCGUUUCCCUUCCCCUAGCAUCUCGCCAGAUACCGUAGCUGAGAAACCUAUACCACAGAAGGUUUACCCGCUGUACCCCAUCUCUAGCAAACGUAUGUCUUCCACAAGUUUGAGCAGCUGGGAAUCAGAAGCGGUACUCUUGCCCAUAAUGUCCCAUUCUGAUGUUUGCAGUGGUGCCAGACAUCAGUUUACUGAAGAACAUGUGACAGAACUCCCUGAAGAGAAUGAUGGGGUGUCAAGAAUGGUCACGAAACAUUACAGUCACUUCCAUUCAAGUCCGGAAGGCCCUCUCUCAGUGUCUUGGCCAAUGAGGUAUGAAUCGAUAGACGAGAAUGUAGAGCUGAAGCCUGAUUUAUCAGAGGAUCUUUCUGCCAGUAAACAAUCUCAAGAUGUACCCUGUGAGAAAAAGGCUGACAGACAGAGUGACAGUCAUGUCACAAAUGAAGAGCAGGAUACAAAAAUUAACAGUGGUUAUGAACCAGAAUGCAGGGAGAAAGCUGCUCACGUUGAAUGUCAGUCUGGAAGUGAAAAUGGAAGUGACGAGAGAUACGCAGUGGACGGUGUCUCAGCUCCAUCUGGUGUCCAGAGAAGUAGUAAAACACUGGAGGAACAGAUGGAGAUUCAGACAGAUGUUAUCAGCUUGCUGCAGAUUCGUAGGGGUAGCUUCAAGCGGCAGCAGCGUAUCUUGGAUGAGGAGGAACCUUUAGACGUGUCAGUCAGUGAUAGCGCAGAAGUAACGGAGCAGUGUGAAAAUUCAUCAGACAUGUCACAUAAGGAAACACAACCAUUAGGACUGGAGUUGGAUUAUGCAAAGAGCACACAUGAUGCGAAAGAGGAGACAGAACAGGGAUGUGCAUAUGGCUCACUUGUGCCUGUUGAUGAAAUGUUACCAUUAGAAAAUUCAAGAAUGGAGGAACACAGGUUACAGAAAAUUCAUUGUGUCAGCAAUGCAAAAGGUGAAGACCCUAUACAAGAAACUCAGAAAGUUGAAAUGGUACAAGAAGAAAAGACUGGUUUAUAUCUAAAAGAUGAAGAAUUAAUUGAGGGUAUAAAUUUUGCAAAAGAACAAACAGGGGAUGAAUUUCAAUGUGCAGAAAACAUAGAGCAGCCUCAGGAUAUAGAUCUACUUCACGUAUCCAGCGUGGGUGCCAAAGGCGAUUCUUUUGAAAUGGAGGAGAUUUGCACAUGUGGUGAAGAGGAGGCCGGGAUGACACUGUUAUCACGAGCCUGGUCAGACAGCAGCGGCUUCCUGGAUGGUGAUUCUGAAACGUACCUCUCAAGACAAAACGGCCACAACACGGAUGGCACUAUAAUCGGCUCUGAAUCUAGUCAAUGUGGUGGCCCAAGUGGAACAAGCAAUGAGGCAACACAAAUGACUAACAAAACAAUGUCUUCCAGUGACCUUGAAGUCACUAUUGUACCUUCUUGCUCUUCAUGUGAUAUUCUAAACAGUGACUUAGUUGUAAGUGUGAAUCCUUGUGGUGAAACGCAAGUUUCUAUGGAGUGUCCAACUGAUUCCAGCAUAACUAGUCCUACUAAAGAAUGUACACUGAGAAGUGAAAUCGGGUUAAGUGCAAUAAACCAGCAGAAUUUGCCAAACAGUUUAUUUCAAGAACUCAGUAGUGUAAAUGACUUGUUAGAUCAACGUAAUGUCCCCUGUGUUCAGGAACACGUUUGUGAUGCAAAUGGUUCAUGUGCAAUAUUACACGAACGCCAGAGAUCCUCGGAGAACAUAAGCAUUGCAGAAGUGACACACAAACAGAACAGUUUUCUAAUAAAUAGUGCCACCACAAAGGAAGCAAAUGCUCACAAUUUUCAUGUUUCUAAUAACGUGGUUCCAUGUGAGAGAAGUUCUGUAUCUCCGAGACUACAGACUUUUACACGUGCAUAUCAAGAUAGUUCCUCAGAAAGAACAUUACCAGGGAAUCACAUUCCUCAGAACCAACCAUCAGUGUGUACUGACGAUGAUCUAACGCGUCAUCGGACCAUGUCUCUCCAUACCAUACAUCAUAGAAACAGCUUAUUGUUUGGGAGGGUGCGUAGGGUUAGGUCAGCUCCUCAUUGCUUACAACAUUUGGCAUCGAGCGAUGACAUGAUGCACUGCAGCAGCUGGAGCAGCGUCAGCAACAUGUUUAGUUUCUGCAGCGAUGAAAGUGUCAUUCAUGUUGGUCUGCAAAAGUCAGGUUCAAGUCGGACCAAUGAAAAACGCCCGAGUGACGGUCUUUGCAAACCAGAGGUAGUGGCAGAACGUGAAAGUGGGAUUAUUGAUGUCGACGCGAAGGACGCGAGUGAUUCCACGAGCAACACGCGCUAUCUCAAACCGUGUGCUGUUCCCUGUGUUAGGAAUACAAGAAGCAGCUUAUCAGAUGUUACUGUGACAGGUCUGAACCAGUUGGUUGGAGAGUUGGCAGACAGAGGCUGGGACAUAACUAUGGGGACAGAUCCGUCACACUUUGCAUGCCACACUGACGAGCAGCAGCUGCUGCAUCUGCAAGGGAAUGCCGUGCGGGCAGGUCUUGCAGCAUAUGGCCAUCAGCUAGUAGGCGAGCGAGCCAAUGAGCAGAAUGGUCGCCAUGAAGUAGCUGAAGUAAGCAAAGAACUUCAGACUGUUAGGGAGGUUCGUGACAGAAUUGCUGCUGAGUUACGACAUGUAGCAGAUCUUCUAGAGGAACAGCCACCACACAGAGCUGUCAACAUCACUGGCCAGAUGGCAGUGCUGUUGCGUGAACAGACUCGCCUCUGCCAACAGCUGGAAGCUUUGAGCUCUGAAUCAUCCCCUUCAAUUUAUGUGGAGCCUCCUCCUUGUUGCUCAGUUCUUGAGGCUGUCAGAGAAGAGAACCGUCACCUGCAGACCAUGGUGGAGAGGAACUCUCAAGAACUGAAGGAGAUUCGCCAACUUUUGAAGGAACUUGUGGCUGUGAAGAAUUCACAGCGUUGAAAACAGAACUUGCCAUUUUGUAAAGCACCUUUUAAUGGUGUUGGGACUGUUCACUAAAACUUCUGGACACAAGAAAAUGCUGGCCAAUAAUUGGAUACCUGAUGAUAAGCUUGCCAGAAGUUGUUCUUGAACUGUGUUCCUAGUCCAGUCUGAGCCCAGUGUACCAGAGGUUGAAAUCUAACAAAUAUACAGGUUUCCAAACUGUUAACUACAAUGAUCAGACGAAUAAAGUGAAAAUUUUUACCCAUAAGUACUAAUUUAUGUUUAACUGGGUGUGCCAUGAACAAUUUACUUAAGAAGUUGAUAGCAGGAUAUAGGAAGUUUCUAGUACUGCAAGCAUGUACAUAUUUUAAAACUUAUAUUUUAUUUCUGAACCAUAAACAAAUACAGAAAAUCAUUUAUUUUAUGACUGAUUUUAUAUUUCCUAAUGACAUUUUAACUGAAAGUACAGUAUUUUGGUGUUGGUCCACAGAAAUAAGCCUUAAAUUAAAGUAUGAUGCUAAAGACAGUGAUGAAAAGCAUAUAUUUUUGACCAUAACAUUUGUUUUCAGAUGAUUCUGGUGCCUUGUUGCAGGACAAUGGACUUUUCAUUCAAAGGGUUCUGCAUUAUAUCAGUGUACACGUUUUCCUGCUCAGAGAAUGAACCAUGUUCACUUCUACGAAUGAUAAAUCUUUAGGAAUGUGAGAAAGAAUAGUCCCCCCUCUUCACUUCACGGGGUACAAACUCACUUGGGGCCCACCCAGCUUCCUGUUUAAUGGGUGUCAGGGGCUAUUUCCUUGAGGGGGUAAAGCGGCUGGGGCGUGAAGGUGACCACUCACCUCCAUCUAGAGCAGAGAUUAAAAAUGCAUACAGCUAUACCUGCACUCCCCCAUACACUGAAUGACAUUGUGCUUAAUUGUGCUUAAUUACAGCUUUACCCUCUUCCAGGAAACAAAGCAACACGUGUGAUAUUUCAAAUAAUUUUAGGCUACUUUUCGUUGCUAAAAACUCCUGAACCAACUAACACAUUUUGAUGAAAAUUUGUAUAAGCAUUAUCCCACUAUAGGCCACCCCAGCCUCUGGACAUUUUAAAUUCAUACCAUGAGUACUACUAACAAUGUCACCAUCCAAACUUCAGAAGCAACAAUGAUACCAGCACAACUAAAUGCAAGGUCUGCAAAUUUAAUGUGUAACAAAUCUUAAAAAUAAGAAUUGCAAAAUACUUGUCCAGGUAAUGUUUUUGUACAAUGUAAACAGUUAACCAUGUGAAAUUCUGUGCA